AUGGCGGCCAUGUUUCAGGUGUUCCUUGUCAAGAAGAUAUCUCUCAAGACCCACGUCCUGAGUUGGGGUCCCUUCCAAGCCCGGGCCAAGGACCGACUCGUGGCGUGCCCGCUCUGCCAGGGCGGAACCGAUAAGUCGGCGGCCGUCAUAGAGUCUCAACCCUUGAAUGUCGACCUGGCAGAGCGUCUGCCCGACUUUCCCGGAACACCUGGAUAUGGCCUUCUGGACAAAGAGUUGUACCUUGGCGCCCGCAAGAGCAUCUGUCUCUUCCGGGCCAAAAACUCGGGCCUGAACCGCCAUGGUAUCACAUACAACUUGUCCACCUUCCCGUACCACCUCUGCACGCACGCCAUCUACUGGCACGCGACCGUUGACAGAACAAACCAGCUCCGAGCCGGCGACCUGGAGGUGGACGUGGUGCAGCACGGGUUCCGCAGAUUCCCGGGUCUCAAGUCCGCGAAUCCGUUCCUUCGCGUGUUCAUCGGCGUCGAGGACGACUCUGGGCUGCACCGCGUUUCGCAGGACUCGAGCUCCACGGUCAACUUCACGCUGAAAAGCUUGCGCUGGGUCGUUGAGCACCGCUACGACGGCAUCUUUCUGCGAUGGACGCCUCCCAUGAAGAAUGGCUCUUCGAAGUUUCCCAGUCUGGCCGUGCACAUGCUCAGGACCUUUAAGAGGGUACGGCAUCUCUCGGUCGGUGUGGUCAUGCCCGUGUACUCUACCUCCGUCGACUUCUACCCGGACCUGUCCAACCUGGUCAACAUACUAGAGCCACAUUCGGUAGUCGUUGAUCCCCUGGCCGCGACGUCAACCGACUCGUACUUCAAGAACCUCUUUCCAUAUACCCCGGAGACCCUUAUAAACUACGGGAAGCUCUUAAGCAAGGCCACGAUGGCGGGCGGGGGUACGAACCCGACGCUCUGCUACCCGGUCUCUAUUGCCGGCUAUUCGCUGGCGUUGGACCAGUCCGGCUUGUCAUCAGGCCGGAAGGCGGCUCCGGUACUCGUCAAUCACCAGCAGCUGUCGGGUUUGGCGGUGGCCUCCUACGACUCCACGUGCCAUUCAUCCGUUUGGAACGACAGCAUCCGUCUCAGCUACAAAGGAUUCGUGCUUCUACAUGAAGCGAUAUUGUGUGCCAUCUUCUCGUACGUCUUCGUAAUUCCUCACAACUGGAUUUCAAUUAUAACUUGGGUUCCUGGUGUCGGUAAACACAAGUAUGGCGUCCUUGCAGCCCGCAAGUCAGAGUGGCUCACGUACCAGGACGCGCAGAGCCUGGAACAGCUUCUUGACGCUAUGGCGAAUGUGACCCAGGGCGCGUCCUGCUUGGGCGUCUGGGACCCGGAGUUUGACGACUUCGCGGGGCACUGCGGAAAUGACCCGGGCCCCAGAUCGUACCCACUCACCAGGAUUGUCUUCGAGGGUCGUCCCACGGUGGCGGGUCUUCUGGAAUGA